AGCUUCCUUAGGCCCUUCUCAGCGCCGUCUUGUUCGCGAGGCUAGUUGUGUCGAGAAUGGUGUAGCUGCAGGGACACGUCGCGAUAUUACCACCCCACCUCCCCCCAGCGGGGUGUGUGCGUGUGGCGCCCUGGGGUGUGUUACAUGAUUGGAACUGCUUUAAAACUUGACGCUCGUACGACUAAAUGUUAAAGGAUGUAUGCCUGUAUUGCUCUGGUUUUGAAGAUGUCUAAAAAGAAACUGAAGAAAUUAAUGGGAAAGGAAGACUGUUUGGAUGGCUGGGAUGACAAAAACUCUGAAGAAACAAGAUCUUACAACUGUACUAUGAAAGGAGAGACAGAAUUUCAGAGAUCCAAAGUGGAGAAAGAUGGGCAAGAGAAGAAGCAAGACCAAAGGUCUGGUAUUUCUCAUGGUAAUGAUGGAAGAUCCCAAGGAAAAUCUGCAAAUAGAAGCAAAACCACAGACAAUUCUUUACUGCAAACUGGAAGGCAAAAGAAAAUAGUUAUCCAGUUUAAAGCCAAAGAAAUUAAACAUGGUAAAAGUACACUCACUCCUGACAUAGUGAGUACUACUAGCAAGGGAAGUUUUAAAAAAAGUCGUUUUGAUGGAACAGAAGGAAAAAGACUCUGGCAUAGCUUUGCAGUUCAGAGGGACAAGGCACUGAGGAAAAAGGCAGAGAAAGGUAAACUUUGCAAACUAAAGGCAAAAGUGGAACAAACUAUGUUGGAAAAAUUUAAGUCUUCUGUGUAUGAUUUAGAUGUACCACAUAAAACAGGAGAUGGAUCAAAAAAGCAGAGUGAAGAUGUCAGAGUUCAAAAAAAGCCAUCCAGUACUUCUACAGGGACUGUGCGGGAUGAUAGACCUUUCACUAAGAAACCAAACGUAUUAUCUAGGACUUGGGAAGAAGAGUAUGUAGAAGAAUAUAAGGAGUUUUCCAAGACAAAGCAGCAUGUGACUAAACAUAUGCCAUCACACUAUUUGACUGAAACAUCACAACGAUGGGACUCUUGUAAAUGGAAAAAACAGGAUGCUGAUUCUGAUAAAGCUGCUGGUAAUUCAAGGACUGAAGAAAGGGACUUCGAGGCUACAGCAUCAUGUUCUAAGCAGAAUUUUGAGGUCCUGUGCAUGUCUGACUCCUACCAAGAAGGUGAGGACAAAAAGUCUGUCCAAAAGAGCUUCGAAGCCUUUCCACCAACUCAAGACAGCCAGAACCCGGAAACAGACCAGGAGAUGCAGAUAGUUGAAGAUUUGCAUGUUGCUCGUCUUCAGAAGAGGAUGGCACUCUCCGUUGUACAGACUUGUGGAGAACUUACAAGUAUGGAAAUAGAUCUUCCAGAACAGGAUUUAAAUAUUUCUGCUGGGACUUUUACUUCUGGACUAAACAUGUUAGUGGUGAUUGACACAAAUAUAAUGAUUAGUCACCUUGAGUUUGUCAAGUCCCUGAAAUCUGAGGAUAUACCAGGUGUUGGCAGACUUGCAUUAAUAAUUCCCUGGGUUGUUCUACAAGAGUUGGACAACUUGAAGAAGGGGAAAAUGUUGCAGCACGUUCGGGAUAAAGCUAUCCCUGCAGUCCAGUUCAUCUACAUGUGUCUCAAAAACCAAGAUUCAAAAUUGUGGGGGCAAUCCAUGCAGCUUGCUUCUCAAAAAAUAUAUGGCCUGAGUGACGAGAACAAUGACGAUCGUGUUUUACAGUGUUGUCUGCAGUAUCAGAACCUCUUUCCUCAGGCUGUUGUCAUACUCUGCACGGAUGAUAAAAAUUUAUGUAAUAAAGCCAUUGUGAGUGAGGUCAAGGCAUUCUGCAAAGCUGAUUUGGUUACUGCUCUACAGAAUCUGAAUGUAAACAGGCACCACCAGAGCUGUGUUGAGCUGCAACAGUCAAAACAUGGUACAGAGUAUCAGAAAACAGGAAGAGCUGAUGCUAGUCUUACUGCACGAUUCCCAAAUAUACUUCCAGACCUUGAAAAGAACUUGGGAGAAGCUUUAUCUUGUAUUUUGGAGACAGAAAUGAAAAUUGCAUUUGGAAACCUAUGGAUGGAGAUACUGUAUCUGAAGCCACCAUGGACAUUAGGAAACUUGCUGAAGUGUUAUAAAAAACACUGGAUGGCUGUUUUUGGUUAUGUUGUGCCAAGGAGUUUACUUUCAACCAUUGAAUGUCUCUAUGAACACCUUUGUACAGAUAAACCAGUUGACUCCUCAACAGUGCGUAUCUUGCUCCAGGAAUCCAAAAAAUUAUUCCAUGCUUUCAGUUCAAGGUCAGACUACAAUGGUGUACUUCCCCAGGCUUAUGCUGAAGUGAAUAGGCUAUACCAAACACUUACGGAGGUGAGGUCAGACAGUGAGCAGAAUUUAUCAGAAGACAUUGCUGUUCAUUCAGAAAACCCUGUAUGUGAAAAAAUGGAAGCAGUGACACCAAAUCUACAAAACUCUGAAGAAAAAAAGUUACAUCCAAGCUUUCAUGUGGCUCAAGAAAACAGGCACCAGGAAAUCUGGUCAGUCCUUGAAGGUGUAUGGAAUACAAUAAACUUGUACAGUAUUGAAAUUUUCCAAAAGUUGGACCCCAGCACAGUAACUGUGACUACAAAGUCUUCGUUUGAAGAAGCUUUUUUAGGUCUGCAGAAACUGUUGGUAGCGGUGAUUGAUAUCCGUGAAGGAAUUAGUAGAAUUUUGACCCCAACUAGUAGUUUCCAAGAUAUUUGGACCCUCUAUAACUUCCUCAUAAGCAACGAGAUGAACAACAGUAUAAAAUUCACUGCUGAGGAGCUUUAUGAGUGUGUUUCGCAGAAGAUAUACCGAAUACAACGGAAAGCAAAGAGGAGCUCUGCCUGUUUGCCGGGUUGCAGGUUGGCCGUUUGAAAGUGUUCAUAUGAAAUCCUUGGGGUUUGCAGCUUUGGAGCGGAAGUCACUGCUACUUCUUGAAUUUUAUGGAAAUUGCCUUUCUGAUUACACCAUAACUGCAUAGUUUAUCUUCUGUGAUAUCCCUUUUUAGUUCAGAAUUGUGUUGCGUUGUAUUUUGAGUCAGGACCACUGGGUUCAAGUUUUGUAGCCACUUUCCUAACAGAAAAGCACCGAAUAAUGCCUAGUAGCUGCUGGUUCUCAGAGGUUACGUUUGGUUGCAAAUACCAGAGAAGAGCCUGCAGGAAGGACCCACGGGUAAUGUGUGGGGCAGUUGCUGUUCCAUCGGGGCGGGGCGGUCCCUUGUGCGCAGAGGGGCCGCUGUGAGGGUGCGAGCAGACGGGAGGGAUGUGUAAUGCCGGGCAGAGUGCGUGCGCCUUUGCCCCCAGGCGGGUGAAGAGGAAUAUUUGCCUCUUGCACAUCAUGCUCAUAUGAGCAAGAACAUAAAAAAUUGUGCUAAUUAUUUAAAAUAACAAUUUUUACAUAUGCACGAGGUCAUUUUUUAAACUCUUAAAAUUCAACUGCCUUAUCCGUGGUUGAUUUUUUUUUUCCCCUCUCUUCCCAAGUGCAACAGCAAAUGUGCUUGCCAAAUACUCAAGUACAGGAUUGAGGGUUUUGGUAUUUUUCUUGCCGUUUACCAUUUAACCAAUUUUAUCAUCUAAUUCCAAGUUCAAACAGAAAAACAAGAGCAGGUAUUUUGGCAAUUUUACAGCUGGGAAAAAGGCAAACUGCGCAGGGAAGACGGGUCACACUGUGAGCAAAUAAAACUGCAGCAGACUUGCAGUGGUUCAGUGUCUGCAUGGGGUUUUUAUUUAACGAGACAUGGGGAAACAACAUCCUGGAUCUGGCCACGUUGCCAACAUUUAUGAAGGCACUCUGAGGGAUGGAGGCUUUGUUUCGCUUGCUUUCAGAACACUGAAAUUGGAAAGGCUUUUCAUGUGUUGAACUAGAGUGGCUGCAAUUUAAACAUUCAACACCGUUUGCCAGCCUGCCAUAUGUUCCAGAACAGGAAUCACAGUGGUUACUGUAAAUGCAUGCUUAGGGGCCUUCUUAUUUCCAAAAAAAUGUUUCUUCCAGUGUUUUUUUUUUCUCAGCGCAGGUGUCCCAUAUCGAAUGUGUGACUGUACGGCCCUUUAUGACUAGCUAAUUCAAACAAUAUUUAACUUGUCUGAGCAUAUACUUGUAAAAUGUUUUCUCUGGUGACACUGCACAGAUUAUUAGAAGAAUUACAGAUGUUGGGCAAGCCGGGAGGAACAGGGCUAGCUGCAACUGGUAAAGGUUGAAGUGAGAUUAUCCCAGAAGCCUAAAAUCAGUCUCUGACUGUGUUGUAACUGUGGAUGGAACUUGUUUCUAUCUGCAGCACAUAAACCUGUAGGAAACGUAUAGUUGACUUGCAGCUUAAACACAUUCAGUAAAAAACAGUAAUGUUUUAUAUCUGAAGGCUUGGUUCUGGGUUGAGAAGACUUGAGUCAUGCCUGCUGUGGGGCUUUUAGAUUGUUUCUUUUUAAAGAUUUAAUUGCAGGAUGCAGCUGGGAACACAUAAUGGUUAGCCAGCUCUGGCAUAAACUUGAUCUUUUGCUGUAAUAAAGAUAAAAAUGUGCCUGAAUUUCCAGAGGUACUGAGUACUCUCUGGUUUUGAGAGUUAAAGUGUGGUGUUAGAAUCCCUUUGAAUUUUGUUUUAAAAGAAUAUUCAGAAAGAUUCCCGUCUAUAAAAUGGGUCCAUUGUGUCUUGAUAACCUCUGUAUCUUCUGUU